AAAAUAGGAAAUGUUUUUGUUAGUGUGCAGCUGUACAGAGUGGUUGUGCACAGGCUGACAGAACAAAGUUCACCCCAAGUGGGGUAAUCCAAGACAGUUUUGGAUUGUGGAUUUCAGGCUGUGCAUUCUGGAUUCCAGGUACUGGAUUCCGGAUUGCUUGUCAGUAGAACUUGGAUCCCAGAUUCCAAGGAUUCCGGAUUCCAGAAGGAAAAAUGAAUCCAGAUUACCUUACAUGGAGUGAUAGAUGAUGGGGUGACAAAGUGAUGUGUAGAUUGAAAUAAUAGUGCAGUAAUGAUCCAGGAUUUUAAUUCCAUUCCAGGACUGUUAUGCAGUUAUCACUGGUGGAGUGGAGGAAACAAAGUAUUUACUAAACAAGUGCAAAUUUGACAAGAUAUUUUACACAGGUGGCAGUGCUGUGGGUAAAAUUGUCAUGGAAGCAGCAUCAAAGAAUCUAACACGUGUUACACUUGAGCUUGGAGGAAAAAGGUAGAAUUGAUAGAGAUAUGAAAUCCUUACCCACUAUAAUCAUAAAUUCUGUUGUUGGAAAUUAAAUGGUUUAAGGGAACAAUGUAAUAAGUAAUGGGAAUAUGACAGUCUGGGUGAGAGUGGUUCGAAACGGGACAGCUGUAAGCAGCGAGUGUCAUUUCAACAAUCUGUGUACUUAGUGUUCACUAAUCUGUUCAUGUUGUCCGGCUUCAGCAGCAUAAUAAAAAAAUAUAUAACUGUUCAAGUGAGGCCUUAAACUGCUGCUUAAAAAAGUAAAAUCCAAAAUCCAAGCUUUCGCCGAUUAACGGCAUCAUCAGGGAUGAGAAAAUAUUCCGCGCGCGCUGUCAGUGGAAUACAACGCUCAAAUGAUGGAGUGUCUCUAGACAAAGGACCUCUAAAGGCGCUUAAAAAUGGUCUCUAGAAUACUAAAGUAAAAGGUCUGCGAAUUCAUUACAUUCCUUCGCGAAUUGAGUGUAGGCUUGCACUUUCUAAUGUAAAAUUCUUCAUAAAGGCGUAGAUUAGCGGGAUCGUUUUCGCUCGUAAUAAUCUUGACCUCAAUGCCUUUAUAGUCUUUGUUCUGGCAGAAAUAGUUAUGUUUUUUUACAUAGGAGCAUUCAUUAUUGAAAUGUUCUUUAACGCGGUCGUGGUUGAAGCGUGUCGUGCUAUCUAUGUAUUGCUUAUCGCAGCUGUUACACGUGAGCUGGUACACUGCAUUUCUUUGUUAACACAACCCAGUGUUAGAGAUAGGGCAUUUGUCUCUAGUGCAUUUGCGCUCCAUGGAGGUGUGGGAUGUGGCUCGUCUGAGAGUGUAGGAUUUGUGGGAAAUGCGUACCGGGAUGUUUUCUUGUCUAAAAAUGUUAGCGAUCCUGUGAUUGAGUCGUGUAGAAAUGUACGGGAUCUUAAGGUAUGACCAUUCUGUGUUGGCAGGUUGAGGGUUUCGUUGGGGGUUUUGUGGGCGUUUUGUCUGCUCUGUACUGUUCUCUGGAUAACCGUUAAGGCCAAGAAUGUCAUCGAAUGUGUUUAAAUGUGGGGAGCAUCUGUUUCGAUGCGUUUUCGUUCGUUGCGAAUGAAGUUGAGUUUGGAUUUGGUGGGAAUAGCUGAUCGAUGGUGGACAAAUAGAGGUACCUUGGCUGGCUUUUUGUAGCAUUCAAAAGAACUGUUGCCAUCCUUGGAUAUGGUGACUGUGAAAUCGACAAUGACAGGCCACUCGGUGUUGUUUCUGCUUUUCAAUUUCAAAUUUCAAAUUAGGGUGUACUUUGUUUAUUACAUGGUGGAAGUGGUCUGCUGUUGCUUCAUUAGUUGUUUGGACAUAAUUGUCGUCAACAUAUCUCUUGUAAGGGCUCAUCGUUAGGUGCGAGGAGAGGGCGAUGGUUUCUCUCAUUGUUAGAGACACGCCCCUCAUCAAAACGAAUCCGGAAAUCUUUUAGCCUAAUUCACAGACCCUCUAUUUUCACAUUAGAUAUCAUUGAGCGCGCGAAUGAUAAUAAAAACAGCGGGGGAUUUUUUCACCGCAAAUGCAAGAGGGGUGGGGGUGGGAAAAGGUUCCUUUCUUUUUUUCUCGCACUCUGCGCGCGCUGUACCCUGGCUCCAGAGGCCCAUUCUCAAAAUACCUAAGAUGAAAUAAACCGAGCUUGAUAAGGCUCCCGAGCCGCUUUCUCUCGGCGCCUCGCCGCGAACCAUCAGUAUCGAUAAGAAAAAUAUCCUCUGGAACCCAGGGUACGCGCGCUGUCGAAUUGUCAAAAAAAUCUUAGAUAAACGUCCGUGGUCAGCCUAGAAAUCUUUGUGACCGCAUAUUUUUCACACGAAUCGGCCUUCCGUCCACAUGCAAACAGUGAAUCUGCUCACUGAAACUGCAUCGUUUUGAAACCGGUCUCCAGAGAGUGUUUUUAUUUGUCCGACGGAAUUGCGUAUUCGUGUAUGAGACUAUUGAAAUCGGGUAUUUCCGAAUUCAAUUAAGUAAUGCGGGGUUCACGUGGAUGGGGCCAUAGUGAGUUGUGUAUCGACACUCUAUAGUUUCAGGUCUGUUUAUUGAUCAACUGCAACACUCGGGAAAGUGUUCCCGCCAAAGGAAUUUCUGCUCGGUCAGGUCUCGUUUCUGACCAGUCAAAAAUGGUAUUGCACGAAAAAAAGCUAAUAACGGCUUGUAAACCCAAAUUUUAGCAUUAUACUCGUUCUAGUCGUCGCUUGACCGUUUGAAAAGUGACUUAAUGGACAAAAUGAUUUGGCCGCGGUCAAGAUAGACAUCUUGUUUCGCUAAAUAACAACAAAGGCUCGAGGAUGAUAUUUACCGCAAGAAGAUGUCUGUGUUGACUGCAAAAGUAACAUGUUGCNCCGCGCCUCGCCGCGAACCAUCAGUAUCGAUAAGAAAAAAUAUCCUCUGGAACCCAGGGUACGUGCGCUGUCGAUUUGUCGAAAAAAUCAUAGAUAAACGUCCGUGGUCAGGCUAGAAAUCUUUGUUUCCGCAUAUUUUUCACACGAAUCGGCCUUCCGUCCACAUGCAAACAGUGAAUCUGCUCACUGAAACUGCAUCGUUUUGAAACCGGUCUCCAGAGAGUGUUUUUAUUUGUCCGACGGAAUUGCGUAUUCGUGUAUGAGACUAUUGAAAUCGGGUAUUUCCGAAUUCAAUUAAGUAAUGCGGGGUUCACGUGGAUGGGGCCAUAGUGAGUUGUGUAUCGACACUCGAUAGUUUCAAGUCUAUUUAUUGAUCAACUGCAGCACUCAAAAUACUUUUUGGAAAGUGUUCCCGCCAAAGGAAUUUUUUCUCCGUAAGGUCUCGUUUCUGACCAGUCAAAAAUGGUAUUACACGAAAAAAAGUUAAUAACGGCUUGUAAACCCAAAUUUUAGCAUUAUACUCGUUCUAGUCGUCGCUUGAUCGUUUGAAAAGUGACUUAAUGGACAAAAUGAUUUGGCCGCGGUCAAGAUAGACAUCUUGUUUCGCUAAAUAACAACAGAGGCUCGAGGAUGAUAUUUACCGCAAGAAGAUGUCUGUGUUGACUGCAAAAGUAACAUGUUGCUCAACCGUGACUCCCUAAGUGUUUCCUCCAAAGUCCAUAGUAUUUAGCAAAACGAUUGAGGUCAAAGAUUGUUUCGUUUAGUUUCCUUUUUAGUACAUUUCCUUGACGUCCACUGCACGACUACGACAUGAGACCUCCUAAAACGACGUUUCAAAACUGAAGACGUGAGCAUACGACGACUUUCAAUUUUCUAUUUUGAACCUGGAUAAAAAUCCUGAAGAAUUCAACUCCAGGUGAAAUCGUCUACAUUUGAGAAAUUGAGUGGGUCCAAAUAAACGGGAUAAAAUUUGAAAGGACGCAAAUUCUUUUUUUAGCAAGGUUUUCACUGCUUCCGUCGUCUUUGUUGCAUAAUAAGCCCCUAAUUAGCAGUGACCGGUCAACAUGACCGGUGUGGGAAUUUUUGGGCUAUAAAAGUUGCCAUUCUGGCCGGACAUUGUCCUUUGACCGGCCUUUAUUUUGAGCCCUGAACUGGUUGAUUAAAUAGUGAUGUCACCGGCUAUGAAGCCACGAAACUUUGAUCCAUCUUUUUCAUUGUCACUGAUCUUUUGCCAUUUUUGUUAUUCCGAUUUGUCAGUUUUUGUUCAGUUCAAGAACCAAUACGCUUCUGGUUUGCAAAUAUCAAUAGAUGACGUCAAUGCGAGUAACGUAUUUACUCGAAUAAGCGCCGCCACCGAUUAAGAAGCACCACUUCCGAAUAACUGUCGCGGCCCUGAUGUAAUCAAAGUAAAAAAGGCAUUAAUUCUGGUCGUUUAAUACGAAAAAUGUCGCGUACAACUUUCAAAUAAACGCCGUCGUCAAAUGAAGACCGUCACAUUGAGGCGUGAAAAUUUUAAAAGCGUUGCGGCACUCAUUCGAGUAAAUACGGUAUCGCUAUUUCAUCAUAACGAACCUCCUGUCGUCUUUUUUUCAGCCCGUGUUACGUUGACAAGGACUGCGAUCUUGAGAUAGUCGCUAAAAGAGUUUCUUGGGGAAAAUUUGCAAAUGCUGGACAGGUCCGUGUAUACAAUAUACUGUAAUUUUUAAAUACUCACUAUUAACAUCAUUCCGCAAAGUUCUCUUCUAGUACUAUCCUUACAAUGUACUUCAUAAGCAUUUCCGGUUUUUUCCUUUUCUUAUUUCAGACAUGUGUCGCCCCAGACUACCUUCUGUGUCACCCCGAUGUCCAAGAGGAGCUCAUCAAACGCUUCAAAGAAACUUUGUUUGAUUUUUAUGGAGAGGUGAGCGAGGGUUAUUCCGUCAUUCAUUCGUAGGUUACAAGGACAGUUAUCAGAGAGUUUACGCAACCACAUCGGCGAUGUAUUCGCGCUUUUUUUAACUUUAUCGCGUUACCAGACUCUAUCGAGUUAAAUUUGUCAAAUGUUGGCGAAUUUCCUUAUGGUUAAAUUGUCAGGGACAGCAGCCAAGUUUUAAAAGAGGAAAAAAAUUCUUCUUUCUAUGUUCAAGUCACAUUAGAAAGUUUCAGGUGUCAGUUGGACGACAAAGAAGUGUACCAAAGAUUGUGGUUCACGUGUGGAGUUGUAUUGUUCAUUUAACCUGUUGCUUUUAUGACGUCGUUGCGGCGUCGUCGUUUUCGUUGAGUUAACUCCAAAGUAAAUGAUUGUCAGCUCCAUAGUUUGCGUUGCUUAGGUCUUUUCUCUGUGGAAGAAAACUCGAAGUCAAGUUUGAAAAUCCGGUGUCACAGAGCGUUCAGAUGCAGAGAAAACCGGAGCUUUCUGUUGAAAUCUUAAGGUUAUAGUUCAUUACGAGGAAACGUGUCCAGAAAAGAUGGAAAUCUUCAGGCCUAUUCCUUUUUUCAAUAUUCUUUUAUUACAAUUCUUUUUUUCCAUUUCAUCCCACUAAAGGGCAUUUUUCCCUUAUUUCAGCUCGAAAAUUUCCGUCAUUCUGUAUUCAUUAUUUCUUUUCAUUCCCAGAUGAAAACUCAAAUGGUACAACGGUUUAUUCUGGUGCGAGUGGAAUUUAUUUGUACCACUGGGACUAGCCUGUACACAGACGUUGUUAAAUAAACCACCCGCGGUUUUUAUUUUCCUACGUGCGCUCGGCGAUACCGACCAUUGGACUACCGGGUCCGUGGCUGGGGGCGCCUGAAAAACAAAAAACAAAAAACGCGCGCUCGACGAUCUCUAAAGAGAAAGUAGAGGGUCUGUGAACAGACUACACUAAGAUCGUUUCAUUAUGACGAGUUUUUCCUUGCAAAUGGUAAAAGGCUUUACGGAAUCUUUCUUACUAAAAUAAAACAUCUAGACUAGGUUCUUUUUCAUCCUCGGACUCAAGGCAACUGUAUCAAACCGUAUAUUGUAACGAAAAUCCGAGCAAGAAAUAACUCUGGCCAAUCAAAACGGACACAGACGUGCCAAUGAACCAAUCAGAAGUUAGAUAUGUGUAGCCGACGUUAAGCGCGGGAAACUGAAAAAGCUGCCAGCAACGAGUCGUGAUUUGUUAUGUUUUUUUCUUCCAAUUGGAGAAAUAGAGGCGCGAAAUGUUUCAGCCAAUCACAAGACGUUGCAAUCGAAAACGCAAUCGUGGAAUUACUUUGGACGCUGUAAAAACUGCUAUCUAUGCAAAAAUAUUGGCCUGUAUUUUAAAUGUGUUGCUAUUCUUUUUCAUUGCAAAGGACCCCAAGGAGUCACCAGACUAUGCAAGGAUUGUGAACAACAGGCAUUUCAAGUAAGUUCACCUCUUUUACGGUGUAGUCUUAAAAUUUGGAAUAUUUGAAAGCUAACUUGCCUCCAAAUCACUGUUGCAACAAAUAACACCUUGAAAUGAAGACUAUGUGAACCGAUGUGAGCCUCGGAAAAGCAGAUUUUUAAAUGAAGACAUGAUCCUCUAUGUUGUAAUAGCAAUUUAAGCAAUUUAACCCGGAAAAAACGGGGCUUCAAUGGCAUUCCAACCCUAAUCCAACCCACGGUCUCUGCGUGACACCAUGCCAACUCCUUUGAAAAGAAGUUACAUGACAAACUACAGAUCUAAACAAGAAAAUUGCACACGUCUAAACAUUUCAGUAAAAUCGCUUUGUUACAGUAAACGAUCGCGCUUUUUUUACUCGCCAAAAUUAAUAUAAGUAUAAUGCUAAGGACUCGCCACGGAGCCUAGGGACAUUUUUUCAUCGCAUUUUAUUUCUUUCCUCAUUUCAGCCGCUUAAAAAGUUUAAUGUCCUCUGGGACUUGUGCAAUUGGAGGCGAGACAGAUGAGAGUGAAAACUACAUCGCACCGACAGUAAUCACGGGAGUCAAACCCACUGACCCACUCAUGGAAAACGAGGUACGGACAUUGUUUUCAAGGCCACUACACGUUUUUAGUGUAAACACAGCUUGACCUAGCCAAUACAGCUGCCCGCGAAACAUCCCCACCGACGGAGGGUAGUUGUAGGGUAGUCUUGUACAUUCUUGCCAUUCAGGGUAUGCACUUCUGGGAACAAUGUCGCAUCGGCAAUAGGACACAUUCGAUGGGGUCGAUUUAAGCAUGCCGUAUUUAUGAAUAAACGCCAAAUGUAAAGCAAAAGAUAUAAUAUUAUGUCGACAAGAGCCGCACUUUUCCUGUACCAAUGCAGCGCAUGUGCUGAUAUGACUGAUUAGAUUACGAGAUAGACUUUGUUUCUACGUUCUUAGCUUUUUCGAACAAAACAAAGAAAAAGAAACAACCUGUAGUCCGUGUUAUUUGUGAAUCAGAAAAUUUAUGUAAGCUCUACCCGCAACAAAACGCAGUACCGAGAAGUCGAGAAACUUAAUACGAGGUGCGUACGUAGAGGCUGGGACUUGUGCUGAACAUUCUGCCAACAGAGGACACUAAUAAUCAGCUCCAUGACUGCUUGUAUGGCUUGACCUAAUGCUUGCAUUGUGCACAUCAACACAAACUAAAAAACAAAUCAACUCAAACUAAGUUUCACUUGAACAACUCGCGAUCGAGUUAUCUGAGAAACAGUAGCCUUAACAAAUGGACAAUAUGUUGGCCUGAGUAAUCAUUUACUGAGAAGAUUUACUCUGUAUUGUUCUAAUGAAUGGAGUGAUCUGUUUUGCAGGUAUUUGGUCCUCUGUUGCCAAUAGUUAACGUCGACAAUGUGGACGAAGCCAUAGAGUUUAUUAAUGACAGGUAUGAAACGUAUAUGAGAGUGAGAGACCUUAACAUAGUAUACGUUAAGCAUUAUUAUUAUUAUUAUUAAUUUUAUUUUAAUAUGAUUAUUUUUCCGGGGCUGUAGGGACAAACCGCUAGCUCUGUACAUCUUCUCUAACGACAAAUCCAAAGUUGAUCGUAUCUUGAAGAACACGUCUUCAGGGGGAUUCCUGGCAAAUGACACGGUUGUACAUGCUGGAGGUACGUUGUUGUUAAAUAGACCAUUUUACAGUUAUGGAUGGAGGCGAGGCUGGAGGCGACUUUGUUUUGAUACAAACCUUCCUGCUUUAUUAUGCAAAUGAAGUUGUUUUUAUGCUAACUAGUAUUUUCCAAUUUCCAUAACAAAACAAAGGAGGUUUGUAUCAAAACAAGGUCAACCUCAGCCUCACGUUCACGCGAAGGCUAGGGUACUAAGUCCAUAACUGUAAAAUGGUCUAUUGAGAGAUUUUGAAUCACGCCCAAGGAAAACGGCAAACUUCAAUCAGUACUACGUGACCGGAAAUUCCAUUUUUUUUCUGUUUGGGAAGUUUCAGAAAACAUGUUCUGUGGUUUGUGUCAGUAGAUUUGGAUAUACGUGUACUUUGUAGCGGGUAGUUCUUUCACCAGGUCAAAUUUUCUUGUUCUCUGUUUAUGCACAAGAUUACCACCCGGAUGGUUUGUGUAACUAUAGUAAGCUCCCUUAUAGUUUUCCCUUUACUUAUCGUCUGCUACUCAAUUAAGCAACUACAAUGACGGCGGCUGCUAAAGCGUCUCUUUAAGAUCGAAUUCUCGCUGUUUCAAAAUUCAUCAGUACAAGCUGAUGCAAUAAGAACUUUGUACUUUAAUAAAUAUUCCAAUCCUUAGAUACUCGCAAUUUGUUUUUACACAAUUAAUUGGUCAUGGGAAGCUUAAGCAAAGCCGACAACGAACGAGGACGACAAAAAUGCAUAAGGCCUUGAUAAGCACGUACAUCAUUCUAUUUUAUAUGUAUACAUUCCUCUGCCGCAGUUGUACGUCCACGGUGUGAAACUGCCUAAUUUCACGUUUUGUCGAGGACAUGAACACAAGACAACGGUUUUCUUAUCCUCUUAUUAAACCCAGAUACCUUCCUUUAGAAUUCAAUCCCAGAAAAAUUCACCAACAUUUGAAAAAUUAAACGACGUGGAAUAUCAGCAGUGAAUUUUGAAACAGUGUGAGUUCAUUUUCACCACCGUCGUCAUUGCUUAAGCUCCGUAAUAAGGCAGAAUGGAUUUCAGUUCGGGGAAUAGUCAUAUUACCAUUGCAAAUAAGAUGUCUAGAGGCGAAUCAGUUUAUUCCUUACGGUAUUUCAUUGUAGUUCACACUCUGCCGUUUGGUGGUGUUGGCGGAAGUGGAAUGGGUGCAUAUCAUGGCAAAUAUUCGUUUGAUGCAUUCUCACACAAGAAAGGUUGUGUUUUGAAGAAACAGAUGUUGGAGUCUAUUAAUAGGUAAAUAGCUUCUUUCAUUCUAUGCGCCAACCAGCAAAGAGCAAGGCUGAUACUGCGUCUUGACAAAAUGUAAAAAAUGUCCGUGGACAGGAAUCCAAGAAUCACGCUGAUGUUAUAUAAGUAGAAAGGCCACAACCGAACUUGGUUGGUCUCAGUGCCGGAUCCAGACCCUAAGAUAAGGGGGCGGUCAUCCAGGUGCUUAGAUGUGGGGAUGGGGGGGGCUUCCUUGAGCCCUAGAAAUCGAUAAACAGGCUCGGGCGCUUUAUUUCGUUCUCAAAUCCUUCUUUGUUAGACCUCUGUGGUCGAGAAUGCCUGGAGAUAACGCCUUACAUGUAGAUAUUCAAAGUGUCCUAACGUCCAACACUGGUUUUACCAAAGGUUGUCGAUUCACCCAUGGAACACUUUAAUACUCUAGGGACAAACCUGCUCACUUUCCCGAAGGCUAAGGUGAUUUCUUUCUAUAUUUUCAGCUUACGUUAUCCUCCGUAUGAAGAGAAGCGUUUUGCCUGGAUCCGUUGGCUUAUGAGCUCGAAGGAAAAUUCGAUAAAAUCACUUUCAGACGUGCCUCCUCUUCUCCUUUCAAUACCGGUGGCGAUAAUUCGAAAGGUGCCCUGUUUUAAUUGUCGUCGUUGAUUAUUUAACAACCUCGUCCCUUGGCUUUUCCUUAAGUAAGUCUGAAGUAAGUCAUUAGGUAACAUUUUUUUAUUUAAAGAGGGUAAUACAUUAUAGAUGAAACAAGCUAACAAACUUAUGGUUCUCGAAUUGAAAUUCAGAAACUAAAAUAUUUACACUAUAAUAAUAAUAAUAAUGAUGAUAAUGAUAAUGAUAAUGAUAAUGAUAAUGAUAAUAAUAAUAAUAAUAAUAAUAACCGUACAAAAGUUCUGAAAUACCAAGUAAGUUCACAAGUAAAAGUGUGUGAUAAAAUGUGUAAUAAAAACUACUAUACUUAAAAUGAAAAAAAUACGGCGGAAAUUCUCGCAUAAAAACCGGAAUUUUAAAAAUUACUCAUUAAAACGUGUGUUGCUAGGAAGUGAAAUAGUUUAAAAAUCUCAAAAAUUAAAGUAAACGAGAGAUUGUUGUUGUCCAAAAAUUAGGUUGCAAAGACCUUUUCGAUAACAGAAUCCUAAGGCGUCCUUUCCAUUUAAAAUAAACCGGCAAACCAUACCGCUCCACACGCGACCACAAGUUAAACUGCAUGAGUUAUACAUCCUUCACUUUCUCUUGUUAAGAAUGGAUAAAGUAAGGUAUAGUUGUAGUAUUUAUUGAUUCUUCCUGUUAAACUACUAUUUACUUGAAAAUUUCUUGAAGGUACGAUGAAACGGAAAAGCUCUGGGGACGAGGCUGUUUAUUUGGUUGUUGUAUUACUAGACCCUCUAUGUAGUAACACGAUCAAUAAUUAAAGCACUUAACAUACUUUAGGGGUCGUGUACAAAUCUAUAACAAUAGGCCAAUUGCACGAUGACAUCAUUUACUACUACUACGACUAGAAUCCAUCAGGGUUUACCUUUCUGAUGCAAAUUACGGCUUUUGUCAUUUAAAUCUCGCUGGGAUUACCAAGAUUUAAAUAUAAAAAGAAAAACGAAAAGGAUUCUUGUCGUGGUAGUAGAAUGACGCCAUCGUGCAAAUGGCCUAUUAAGAGCAAGAAAAAGAUGGGUUUUUUUUUUCAAGGACCAAAGUUUUUUUUUUUUUAACUCGCUUGACAACGAAGUCAUCAACUCUAGAUCCCUUCCUCUUUUAAAUAAGUAGUUAUGACACGUUAAACUGAAGUGUUAUUUUUUUUUUUUUUAACUCGCUUGACAACGAAGUCAUCAACUCUAGAUCCCUUCCUCUUUUAAAUAAGUAGUUAUGACACGUUAAACUGAAGUGUUGAAGACGGCCUAAGUUUGCACAAGUUCUCCCCGCCACUUUUCUUUCUGUAUUUUUUCCUUUUGUGUGGCAAAUGAAUGAAUAAAUAAAUAAAUAACCAAAUAAAUGAAUCCAGCUUUAAAUGGAAUAAAUGGAAGGGGUCGUUAACACAAAAAACGCGCAUGAAAUUAGAAAUUCAAAUUAAAAGGUAAAAUCAGAUAUCUUCUUAGCACUGACCGAACAGAUAAACUCUUAAAAUUGAGUUCUGUAAGUCGGUAAUCUACUUUCACUUUUUUGGAAAAUUGAUGAAAAUUAUAGGAGUCACUGAAAUGACCUGAGACAAAAUCCCACAAUACAGCGCCUUUAUAACACUGAGUUUUCCGAAUAAUAUGUAGAAAGUCACGGGACAACGGGCUUAUUUUGUCCUCAGACGUUAAACGGAGUCUUUUCACACAGCUUACAUAGGAAAUCAACGUUAUUAAACUGUUGUGAAAUAAUUUAACGAGACUUAAUUUGUACUCGUAUCAUAAAUCGAGUUGCACGAGGCUGGUAACUUCCAUAACUGUUAUCGAUGGCAUAUCCCAUUGAUAAUUAUUAAAACUUACCCUUUAAGUAAUACAAUCCAGAGCAAUCCUCGGAGACCCAGGGGCAGUCAGUCGGGUCGGGAGAAAAGGCGCGACGAAAGCCUGCCGCUGGGUCUCCGAGAAUGGUCUAGAGCUUGCACGGAUUUAACAUGAUCUAAUUUAGUAAAAUUCACCCUGAUGGUGAUGUUGUAUGUUGACAGUAAGGAGGAUCAUCUUGAAACAUAAGUCAAGAAGAGAUUCUCCUUUUAGAAAAGAGAUUUAUGUCUCUCUAGAAUUUAUAAGUUUUAAGGAAAUUUUGCUUAUCUUCUCUUUUUUCUUGCCUUUUUUAUUUGUAUAGGUCUUUGGGCUGCCGAGGUAUUUCCUUGAGAAGUAGAUGCACUGAGCUGACAAGUCUCAUAAGAAUUGUGGGAUUGAUAGGGAGAU